GUGCCAGAUGCUCUCCAGCGAACCCGUGGGUACAGACUCUUGCUGAGAACGGACGAGGUAUGGAAGGACAACAUCACUCACAAGUUGAGCGAGUCUUGGGCUGUCGAGUACAACAAGCACUUGAUUAGGCCUAAGUUCUACAAAGGAACGAGAUUGGAGGCGGAGGCGGAAACUUCCAGCAUCAAGCUGUCGUACAACGGCAUGUCGUUUCCAGGCUUUUUCUUUACCGCUGCAUCCAUUUUGCAAAUUCGGUCGUGCCGUCCAGAGCACCAGAAAGCCUGCCUGAAAGCCUUGGAGAUGUUUGUGGCAAGCUUCUGCCCGCCGAACAUGCAGAUCUUCUUGCUGCCCGGGGUACAAGCUAGUGUGAUUCAGUUCCACGGCCACGACGUGGACUUGGAGCAGUGGUCUCGACUCCUGGAGUUCUUUGGGUGGAAAGAAAGGUGGCAGAAGUGCAAGCUGCUUUCUCUGGCCGUGCAGAGGCUGAAUGCAGGAGUGAAGGGGGCCCUCGCGGCCUGGUUUGUGCUGCGGAUCCCGUUCCAGGAUCUUGCUUGCCAGGGACGUGUGGAGGCAGGUCGUUUGCAAAAACGCCUCAUCCACAGCUUGUCGCAAGCUGCCGAGCUGCACACAUCGGAGACCAAGCUUACGAGUCUCCCUUGCCCCGAGAAGUCUGACGAGUUUCAUCCUAUGAAGAGGAUACUCGGAUCACAUUAG